CUCUUCUGAACAAGACAUCCGAUAGAUAAGUGGACCAGUCUCAUCUGCUUUAUGUUUCAAUCUAUGCACGGAGGUUCUUGGUGACGACAAAUUCUCUGAAUACCUGUGUGACAAGAGGGACGACUUCAAAUAGUUAACUUUCCUGUGGCGGCUUGGACAGGAUACUCUCUGCCUAUCGGUGGCUAUAUCUUCCAAAUAUUCAUUGACACAUACUCGUACGAUAGCCGGAGUCGUGCAAUCUUAUGCUGCUUGAAUACAUAUUGUGACAUCUUCGUGGUAUAAUAUGGUAACCUCUAUCCUGUUGAAACACAUUACAGUGGAUAUAUCAAUCCAUACUUAUAACCGUUCCCAAGCAGUAUCGCCAGCUCACUUCGGCAGCAACGUCUGCUAUACUCAAGCAGCACAACCAGCUGUAUUCAAGUAGCAUCACCAGCUAUACUCCAUACAUCAUGAGCAGCACCAUGUGCAACGGUCCUGACUCCACAGACAGCAGCAACAUGUCCGAUAGCAGUACUGACACCUCAGUUGGGUCCAGUCCAUACCAGUCUGACGAGGAAGUCAUGACGUACUUUAUUAUUGGAGAAGCUGGGGAUACAGAUGACGCUGCUUGUCGUACACCCAUACAGCAUGUUGGGAAUAAAGUGGAACAACAGACCUCAGGGGCUGCACAGACCAUGGCUGAAGCAGAGCAUGGUAUCAUCGCGAGUCUUCAGGAAGAAAAUAUUCGACUGAGGAAGAGAAUAGAGGAGCUGGAGGCCUUCGACUGGAUAUCUGUUGCUACUGAGGGACAGCGGGUUUGAUAGUGAGGGAAGCAGUCUGGCAUCCUCAAACAGG